AAGGCUCUUUGGCUCCAGCAGUCUCUCUCAGAUCUUCUCUGAUUCACCUGGUCGCCAUGGGUAACUCCUUCGCAUCCUAUGACAUGAGCGUGCCGCCGGGCGGAGCAGUGAUUUCCCUCCAGUCGCCCCAGGAGUGCUGCCAAACCAAGCCGCAGCUGACCGAGAAGCAGAAACCCAUGUGCAUGGCCAUGCUCGGGGAGUCCGAGUGGACAGACCACAUGAACAAGCUGAGCAGCAUUGUGGGCAACUACUGGAACGAGAUGCUCCCCUUCCUCGGAGUUCCCGUCGCGUUCACGGCUGCGCUGGCGGCCUUUGUGUUUCGUAUGACCGACACACGAGAGGGCCGUGGUUUGGAGGGCGACAGCUUGGUGGCAAACUUGGUUUUGCUGCCGGUGGUCUUCUUGACAUUCCUCAUCGUUAUCGGCGGCCGAGCCUUUAUCGUGCAGAAGAACACGGCCUUGGAUACUGAGGUGCAUGGGUGGUGCCGCGAUGUGACCAUUGCCUCAGGUCGCGCUGUGCAUGUGCAGUAUCGCACCAGGUGGACAGGUUCUCCAAGCUCCUUUUCAUUGGCCUCAAACAAGAAGCCGCGCAGGCUUCUGCAAGCCAAAGAACGCAAGGACCAUGCGAAUGAUCGCCUUCAUGCCGGCUGGGGGCUCCGUCCCGGGCGCCUCCGUCAUGGUCACGGUGCCGCCCGGGGUCUCGCCAGGUCAACAGCUUCAAGUGAUGGGCCCAAACGGCGUGGCGACUGCCACGGUUCCUCCUGGCGUGUCUGCGGGCCAGAGCUUUACCUUCACCCCCGGCGCUCCGGUGGCUACCCCGCUUGUGGUAGAAGCAACGGUGGUGGACCCGGCUGCGGGCAAUGGUAUGGCGUGAGCUUGAGAGGUCUUUCUCGAGGUUUUCGAUCCCCAGCUUCUGUGAUACCAAGGUGGAAUCCUCAUGUGGGGGUUGAUCGGUGGAUCAGUAGUCACCAUUUAGGGCCCCCGGUUUUGACCAUGGCUCACUUUUGCCGUGUGGGCCAUAUCGACCCUUAGUGGUUUCCUCAUCCCA